AUGAAGGGUCAGUUUGCAGACAAGUUCAAUGGAAGUCCACUGAUGAUUAUUAAAUCUUUUGAAACAACCCCAGAAAGAAUCUCUUCUUUGUCUGAACCUGUCAGCUUGUUGCAAAGUCCAUCUUCCUUUCAGGGUUCUCCAAGCUCCUCCAAAACUAGUAGCAAUAAUUGGGAUUCAAAGACUGGAAAAAAUAAAACACUUGGAAGGAAAAGCAGCAGUUUUGCGUACAGGAUUCGCGACCACGUGAAGUUGGGGGCUAAAUUCUCUGAAACAGUGAAAGGCAAGCUGAGAUUAGGAGCAAAGAUAAUUCAAGAAGGUGGUAGGGAGAAUAUUUUCAAGCACGUAUUUGGGGUCAGAGAAGGAGAAGAACUGUUAAAGGCAUCACAGUGCUAUUUAUCAACCACAGCUGGUCCUAUUGCAGGACUUCUUUUUAUUUCCACUGAAAAGGUUGCCUUCUGCAGUGAAAGAUCAAUUACCUUCCCUUCUCCUAAUGGACAAUUUGUCAGAAAACCCUACAAGGUGGUGAUACCAGUACGGAAGAUUGCUAGAGCCAACAGAAGUGAGAACAUGGACAAGCCGCAACAGAAGUACAUAGAAAUACUCACACGGGACAAUUUUGAAUUCUGGUUUAUGGGGUUCUUGCGUUAUGAAAAAGCUUUCAGGAAUCUACAGAAAGCAAUUUCUUUGGCAAAAUCUGCCUCUUAA